CCCCAGAGCGUGUGAACCUUUUCGGGCUGGGCUCACAGCUCCUCUCCAACCUGCGCCGCCCCAGCUGGGCCGCUCCGCCCCGCCGCCGGAACCCGCCCUCGCGGCCACCUGGCCCUCGCAUCCACGACACGCGCGCCUGCAACUUGUUCAAGGGCGUUGUGGAAUCAACUUUCCGGAAGCAACCAGCCCACCGGAGGAGAGGAAGCUCUCCGGUUGCUUUUUCCCCUCUCCGGGUCCCUUUUUGCCUGUGUGGUUUGGGAGAGGCACAGUUGGAGGCGCUGAUUCCUACAGAAGUCCCAGGGCCAGUGAGCGGCACGAUGCUGCGGAGGCUGGUUCAGCAGUGGAGCGUCCUGGUAUUCCUGCUCAGCUACUCCGUACCCUCCUGUGGGCGCUCUGUGGAGGGGCUCAGCCGCAGACUCAAACGCGCGGUGUCAGAGCAUCAGCUGCUGCAUGACAAAGGCAAGUCCAUCCAAGACUUGCGCCGCCGCUUCUUCCUCCACCACCUGAUAGCAGAGAUCCACACAGCCGAAAUCAGAGCUACCUCGGAGGUGUCCCCCAACUCCAAGCCCGCUCCCAACACCAAAAACCACCCCAUGCGAUUCGGGUCAGACGACGAGGGCAGAUACCUAACUCAGGAAACCAACAAAGUGGAGACCUACAAAGAACAGCCGCUCAAAACGCCAGGGAAAAAGAAGAAGAGCAAACCCGGGAAGCGCAAGGAACAGGAGAAGAAGAAACGAAGGACUCGGUCUGCCUGGCCAGGCACAGCUGGGGGCGGCCUGCUCGAGGACCCCCUGCCUCACACCUCCAAAACCUCGCUGGAGCCCAGCUCAAGGACGCAUUGAAAUUUUCAUCGCAGAUCUUCCAAGGACACAUUACAGGAUUUUGUAAUAGUAAACAUAUGGAAAGUAUUAGACAUAUUUAUUGCCUGUACAUACUGUAAAUGCAUUGGGAUCAAACUGUCUCCCCAGGAAACUGCACAUUGGUCAUGUGAAUAUUUUUUUCUUUUUUUUUUUUGCCAAGGCUAAUCCAAUUAUUAUUAUCACUGUUACCAUAAUUUAUUUUGUCAAAUGAUGUAUUUAUUUUGUAAAUGUAUCUUGGUGCUGCUGACUCUAUUUUUUGUAACAUAAUGCACUUUAGGUAUACAUAUCGAGUAUGUUGAUGAAUUUAACAUGAAAAACUGUCUCUAUUUUGUGGUUGAUUUUAAUGAAUGCUGAAAUAUAAUUAUCUAGACUGAUUUCCUUUCGUGCAUGUAAAAAUGGCAAUAUUUUAAAUCUGUAAAGAAUGUCUAAUAAAAUAUAAUCUAAAUACA